AUGGCGUUCCAAACCCCGUAUCAUGCGGAUUCGGAUGCCGAUGAUGAAUACGAACGAAGCGUGGUCACCUCGCCGCAUAUAGAAGACUCAGAAAUAUCUCCCACCGAUUCAGAGCUUCCAUCCGCAGAACAUACGCCAACCACCUUUGGUAAUACACUUGAUGAUAGGAGUUCACCCAGAACAAUCAUUACGGAAUGGACUGCGGAGGAAUGUGCAGAUUUUGCGGCGGGGUUAGGCCUGAGCCAAUACUGUGAUGCGUUUCUAGAAAAUGAAAUUGUUGGGGAAGCGCUUAUCGCUCUAAAACACGAGGAGUUGAAGGAAAUGGGUAUUUCGAGCGUUGGUCAUCGGUUGACUAUUCUUAAGAGCGUAUACGAAACCAAAGUCAAGCAAGGAAUACUCUUGGAUGCAGACCAUUAUGUCCCUCUCUCUGCCGAGCAGAGUAAUGGAGCUGAAGCUGCGACUCAAGACGAUAUUUCUCGCAUAAUUCAAUCGAUUAGAUUGCGAGAUGAAAGGAUCAUAGCUGCAGAAGGGGAACUCAGGAAACUGGCGGAUGACUAUCGCAAACUUCAUCCGUCAGCUGCAGCCAUGGCGGCGUCAUCACAUCUAACUGCUUCUAUGAGUGGCGGUCAGCCCUCUCCAAAAGGAAUGCCCUCUCCUACCUCCCCAGGAAGCUUCUACCCGCAGCAAACAUUAGCCUCUCGAUCAUACGCCAGGGAGACAUCAAAUAGCUCAAACCGCGGAAUCCACGACCACUCUGACGAACUUCAAUCCCAUCAACGGCCUGACCGAUCCAUUGCCGCCACCCCUUCUACUCAAUCGAGUCGUCAAGAACCACCAAGCUCUGCCACUGGGAACCAGCUCGCCUCACGAACUCCAGGAGAAUCACCUGCCCCUAGCGUGGAAAUAUUCAAAUCUUUCCGAGUAUCUAUGGACGAUCCCUGUCACAGGGUCCUCCCGGCUGCCCUUAAAAAGUACAAUAUCAACGAAGAUUGGAGACUUUACGCAUUAUACAUUGUCUUUGGUGAUCAGGAGCGAUGUCUCGGUCUCGAUGAGCGACCUUUAAUUCUUUUCAAGCAACUGGAGAAAGAAGGACGGAAGCCCAUGUUCAUGCUUCGGAAGCAAGCGCAGUUAGUAGAUGGUCAGAUGGUCAGUGGAUAUCAAGGUCCACCAGGUACCGCUGGUGCCGGAGGCAUUGGCAUCAUGCCUGGCAGUGCAGGUUUCGAUGGUGGAACUGGUGGCCUAGCUAGUGCAGGCCUUGGACGAUCCAUCCAGACCAAUUCGAUACAGCUGCCUGGUGGUGUUCUAUAA